AUAUCAGGAGCGUCUAGUGAAUAGAUACCGAAUCCAGGACAUUCCCAUGCAAAGAAAUAGGUGUCUGCUGGUAACCCGUCGCGCUGGUCGCAGAGACAACGAAGUCUACCGCCGUAUCUUGAACGAAGUCGAUGUUGUUCGAUUGCUUGAGGACGCCGGUUUAGAAGUGGACAUGGUUGACUUUCAGACUAUCAGCGACUAUGAACAGAUCAUACGCACGCGCAUGGCUGGUGUGUUUGUGGCUAUGCAUGGUGCAGGAAUGUCCAACACCAUGUGGUUGCACCCACAGGCUGUCGUGAUUGAGCUGCAGACAUACGGGUUCCAGAAAUGGGGCUACCGCAACUUUCUACGCGCGAUGGGAAUACACUAUGAAUAUUGGGUGAACACCCACACGGCGAAUGCGGUACAUACGUACAAAUCACUCGCCUCGGAAGGGAGCUACGACUUCUACAGGGGAAGGGACCAAAUUGUCGAUAUCAAGGAACUACGGUAUGUGCUCAAUGUAGCACUGCACCCGCGCGAACCCUCAGACCAGCAGUUGUACCUAUUGUACCUGCUGAAGUAUGCUGCAGGGUUCGGUUGCGGCCUGCUUCUGUGCUACCUUAUUUUGCAGGUUUGUACCCAAUUAUGGGUGUGGCAGGGGCCAAAAAGGAGACCUAUCAAAACCGCGUUUCAGAAGGUCAGACCAGAUUGAGUGAGAAAUUUGAAAAUAUGCUAACGUGAUUAGAAUAGGUAAUAACGAAUUGCUAAUUCAUUUCCCAGAUCAAGAUGAACCAUUGGAAUAGAUAGUUUUCAUCUGGCCUCUCGAGUAUCACACUUGGAUGUAACCCUUGUCGAUUUGCCCACAUUACGAUACGUCGACAAUGUAGAAUAUAAUAUUCGCUACCGUCUCUGAUGCAUUGUGUUGGUUGUGUGUAACACCACAAUACGUUUGGAAGGCCACCCAUCUCUGUGUUAUCUAUGUAUCAUGCGCAAACAGACAAGAUAAC